GUCGUUUCUUGGUCGGAGAGGCGACGCCAGCCAGAGUAGUGCUUCUUUCGGUAAGAGCAGAGCUUGUCGCCCUCGGCAGGAUUUGGAGCGACCCCAAGAACUCCCGAUCUCAGUCUCCUCCUCGCGAGUAAGCAACCAUCUCUUCCCUAUCCUCUCUCUAUCUCUUCUCUCGAUCUCAGCCUCUUCUCCUCGGCUUCGGGGUCCGGGCGAUAUGUCCUCGUGUCGAACCCUAGAAUAAUCUCGAUCGAUCCCUUCAGAAAACCUUCCCGGCACGCAGGAGGCAGGUAUUCGUGCGAUCUCAGUGUGCUUUUCGGAUUUGUUAAAUUUUAGCUAUUUCUUCUGCAAUUUCUUGAUAUUAUUUCUGACGAUCUUUUUAAUUUUUUUUGUUAAAGAGAAACAUACACCAUGGAUUGAUCAAUAGAUAUUAUUAUUUACACUUUAGACUUUUGUGAAAAAGGAACUUAGCGUUCUGGGUAUUUCGUUGCAAUCUAAUACAAAUUCUUGAUCGGAUUGGAUUCAGCGAUCUGCUGCUUCUUCCCUAAAUCUUUACAGUCUUACCUAUCUUUUCUUUUGGGUAUCUUGGAUGAAACUUGGUGUCUAAUUUUUGGCAACUGUUGAAUCUGGAAUGGCUCGUGUUUAUGUUGGCAAUUUGGAUCCGCGAGCUACUGCCCGGGAACUUGAAGACGAGUUUCGGGUGUUUGGGGUUUUACGAAGUGUGUGGGUUGCCAGGAAACCACCAGGUUUUGCUUUCAUUGAUUUUGAUGACCGCAGGGAUGCUCAGGAUGCAAUUCGUGAAUUGGAUGGUAAGAAUGGAUGGAGAGUUGAGCUGUCCCAUAACUCAAGUGGUGGCAGCCGUGGGCGUGACCGUUAUGGAGGUUCUGAUAUGAAGUGUUAUGAGUGUGGCGAGCCUGGUCACUUUGCUCGUGAAUGCCGUUUGCGAAUUGGUUCUGGAGGGUUGGGCAGUGGAAGGCGUCGUAGCCGAAGUCCCAGAUAUCGUAGGAGCCCAAGCUAUGGUAGAAGGAGCUACAGUCCUCAUGACCGCUCUCCAAGGCGUCGCAGUGUGUCACCUCGUGGGCGCAGCUACAGCAAGUCGCCACCGCCUCGCCAUGUUCGUGAUGAGUCACCCUAUGCUAAUGGAACUUCUGCUGCCAGAUACAGGCGCCGCAGUAGGAGCUGAGAACUAAUUCUAAGUUUAGAUACUUCAUCUGUUUCGACAAUAGCUCCUUGGGCUUUGUUGGCUGUGAACUGUGUUCUAUUUGAGCAACACUCAACGACGACUGCUUGAAUUUGGAUAAGUUACUUUUAACUUUAAUUACCUUUCGAUAUAUCUCUCCAAUCAUAUGCCAAAUAGUUUUGGUUUUGUAGUGUUAAGGAAUAGGGACAUUUAUAAUGGGUAUGUGCAAUGCAACUGAGAUCCAUAUCUUCUUUUCUUUUGUGUUGAGGAGGUGUGGUCCUGCUUAACGACUCGCCUGACUUCGGCACCCAUUGCUUUUGUGGUUCUACUCCCACGUGGUUUUGUUCUUCGCUUGCUCUGACCUGCUACCUUCGAACAAAUUGCGAUAUCUUCCUUGCUUCUUGCUAGGUGCUUCUCCGUGCUUGAUACUCUUCGGCUGUGAUGCUGCUUCUGUCAAAACUUGUAACGACCCUCUCCUCCCUGAUAUAAAGGUCUGCUGGGUUGUUGCUCGCAAUUUCGAAGGUGAGAUAACCUAAAACUGCAUCCUGUCUCGGAGGGUCAAUCUGGCUUCUUCCUCUUUGGCUGCAAAAUGUAGUUGAACAUUUGGGAAGGGAAGGCCAUACCUGGUUACUGGGUUGUAUUGUCUUGUGUUUUCGUUUUUGAGUCAUUAAUCAUCAAUAGCCAAGAAGGAUUUUUUCAGUUAACAAAAAUAGCUGCCACCUUUGAUGCACUUUUA